UUCACAACGUAUUUCAGCUCCUCAUUUAACUAUGAUUUUUACUUUUUAAAUCGAGCUUCCCAUAUAAGUAGUGAAUUUAACAAAAUAUUUUUCUUUUUCAUUCUAGACAUCUAUGAAUACCUCCCAAGAGCAGAAUACCACAAAUGAAUCCCGAUCGAAAGCCCAGAAAGCACCCGCAUGGAGUUCAAACCAACUGCAGGAAGCCAUCGCCGCCGUCGUAACGCAGCGAUUGCGUUUCACCCAGGCCAGCGCCCAGUACAACAUCCCCAAGGGCACACUGUACGACAACAUUCUCGGCAAAGCGCACCGAAUGGCGGUCCUCCAGGAGCUUGCACUCUCUCCCGAAGAAGAAGCUGCGGUGCUGAAUUUCUGUUGCGAUACGGCCACCUCGCCGUACAACAAGCGCACGAAGAGAUCGCUCAGAAGCAUUCUCGAGUUCAUCAGUCACUUCCAGAGCUUUCGGGACAAGGGCGACCAGUUCAAGUUCGGAGGCAAACCAGGCUUCCGGUGGUGGUGGGCUUUCUGUCGGAAGCACUCGAUCGUUUCGCUGUACUACGAGGGACUGAAGCUUAGCGACGAUCAGGAUUCGUCGAUCUCCAGCAAGAGGAGCCGGAAGAGCGUGGAGUUAGAUGCAAUGCAAGCGGUUUGAAUGUUACAGUUUAAUUUGAAGAUGUGUGUGCCUUUCAGCAAUUAAUUUGUGAUUUUAACAUUCUCGUUGAUUUUGUACAAUUGUAACAUGAAACUCAGAUAUAAGUAAGGUUAUGUAAUUAGACGACAAAACUGGUA